AUGAUCAUUUUGAACAAUUUCUUAUAUUCUUGUGAACCAUGUCUUGCCAAUAAAUGUGGACAAACUUGUGAACAUCCUUAUGUGAAAGGUUUAUUAUCUGUGGAGAAAACUUCAGUGAGAAUUACCAAAACAAGAGGUCUUCAAGGUAUUGAAGGUGUUGGUAAUGUUGAUGGUCAAUAUCGUCUUAUUAUCGAAAAAAUUCCCAAUAUUAGAAAAAUAUAUACAUUUGAUAAGAAUGGAGAUCAAGAGAUUUUAUUUCAUAAAGGUUCAAAUGUUGAUAUCACAGCUAAAAUUGGUAAAUAUGCUUAUGAUUUAGAUCCAUUCACUACUAGGGUUAAAAUUUGUUCAAAUAAAGAAUAUCUUGAUGGUAAUUCUGUUAUACCAUAUGGACAAGCAAAUUGUGUUUCUAAUAAUCUCAAAAGUUCUGUGGAAUCUAAAGCUUUUGGUCAAUUAUACACUGACCCAUCAAGAGUAAACAAUGACAAAUUUCCUUCAACAAGUGAACUUGAAAAUUAUUCAUAUUUUAAUUCUAAAGGAGUAUCUGAUGAACCAAUCAUAAUGAGACCUUUAUCAAGAAGAGCAAAAAUUCGUAUUAAAGCUCUUGGAAAUAGUUUAAGAUAUAAUCAAAAUGAUAAUCAAAAUGAUUGGAUUGAUAAUUUAGAUAAUACAAUUAAUCAUCUUCUUCAAAAACAAUUUGAAGACGAAGAGAGAAAACAAAAACAAGUUGAGAAUGAAGAGGAGGAGGAACAAUUAAGAAUUGAAAUGUCAUAUGCCUCAAGUGCCCAAGGUCAAUCUUUGAAGGAAAGAUCAGUUAUUGAAUUGGAAGAAGAUGAAGAUGAUGGUGAUGGUCUUUAUAAAGUUGAAAAUAAAAUAAAAAGUGGUAAUGAGUCUGGAGAUCUGGACUCAGAAGAGUUAAAGAAUAAAAUUGUUCAGAAUCUUAAGGAUAUAAACAGUUCAUCUAAUAAUCCACAUCAUUUGAAUUCUCCAAGUUAUAAAGUUGUUGGGUCUCCUAUAAGAUAUACUGAAGAAUCAAUGAACUUAUCAGGCAUUGCAUCUGUUGCUAAUCUAAAACGUUCCUCCAGGGCUCCUUCAGUACCAGCACCUUCUUUUUCAAAUGGUGAUCAUAAUAAUAAUAAAGUUGAAGAUUUAGAAUUGUACUUACAGGAAUUGAGCGUUUCCAUGCAGAAACAUUAA